AUGCAUCAUCAGUUGAAAGCCACGCCGUCGAAUAAACAAGACUCUUUGGAAGUGCAAACUUUGCUGGCACUCGUGCCCGACUCUAGUGCAGAAGCUGGUCUCAAAAUCACCUACGCCAAUUCCGUGUACGUGGAUGCGGAUGCGAAGCUCGACACGGAUCUCAAUUCUGCACAAAAGGACGCUCAUCUCCUGCUCAACUUCAAGUCGGAUGAACUGGAUGUCAGCAGCGUGGCCCUCGAAUCCAAGUUGGCGGCCCGAUUCGAAAGAUGGGACGAUUCCAAGGUCUCUCACCUAGUUUCCUUGGACGUUGGAGGAAACAACAAAUAUCGUGUUGAAAGCAACUUGGAAGGCAACAAACAGCUCAUCAAGGUUUCCAUUGAUGCGAACCAUGACAAAAGCAAACUUGGAAGCCUGAAUGUCAAUAUCGACACUUCCACCAAAAACGUGCAUCUUGGAAAAAUCGAGGCAGACGUUUUCGGGAACCAAAUAAACGCGGAUUUUGAGCAUCACGACACGAAAGAGUUGAAAAAGUUGAGCUACGGAACUCGAAUCAACUUGGAAAUGCUCGGAUUCGACGAAACAAAUCACAACCUUCUCAUUGAGGAGCCAUACUUGAAGAGCAGUUUGCAACGUGCCGGAGAAUUUCCCAUCACCGUCAAUCUCGCCUGGAAGGAAAAGGGUGCCAAUACUUACGGCCUGGAUGGAAAAUUGAGGUGGAACGAAGCUGAUGGUCAUGCCAGUUUCAUUGGCGAAAUGACUUACGUCGCUGUUCCUUUGUCUUUGGAAUUCAAGGCUGAAAUGGAUAGUCCUCAUUUCGAAAUAGACAAGUGGAGGAUCGUCGGAAAGACAAAACUCGAUGAGGGAAACAAGCGUCAGAUUCGUUUCAAAGCCGAAAGCAAAAAAGAAAAGGACGCCUACGGAUUCAGGUUGCUAAAGUACCUUCACUUUAUGCCAGACUGUCGCUGGUGCUUUUUGACGGUGUACACCUUGGUUCUCACAGUCCUCGACAAAGAACCUGAAUCUGGUGUGGAUGCCAAAGUCACGUUGCUUUUCGAGGGACGCACGAAGCGUCAGACGACUUCCUACGAAACGAUCGCGUCACUGUCGAAUCAAAAUGAAGCUAUUCAUGCUCAGUUGCUGUCGAUUCAAAUCGACGGAAACACGCCGAAGAAGAUCGGCUUCGAAGUAGACCAUGCCAAAGGAAACCUGACGGGUUCCUUGUACAUUUUGGAGCGUGUCAUUCAUGUUGAAGAAACCUGGGAGAAAACGGAAGUCAAUGGAAGAUGCUCGUACUCAUUAAAGGAGAAGCUCUGGUUGGAUCAUUCUCGCGAACCUGAUAAAAUCUUACAGGCAGAUUUCAUUCUUAGAGAAGAAGACGUGCAGAAAGGAAGUCAAUAUACCGGGUCAUUCACUGUCUCUCAUCCGACUUUGUCCAAGGACUUGCAAAUUUCUUCUGAAUUGAUCAUCCGAGGAGAAAAAUACCCUCUGAAGGCAAGUGUCUCAUUUGAUGUCUACGGAGACUUGCCUCCAUUGGACAUUUAUUUGGAAAUGACUGACGAGCAUUCCAAUGACGACUGGGAGUCUAUUGCUACUCUCGCCGUCGUCAGAAAGAGCGAUUUGGACUUCAAAGUGGUGCAUCAUUGUACAUCGCAAGGCGAUUUGUACUCGACUGGAUUACGGAUUGAAGGUGGCAAACAGGCGAAGCCAUUGUCGUUGAAAUUGGAUUACGAUCGAGGAACACCGAAAGUGAAUUUCUUGGCCAAAGCAUCGAGCAAGUCAUUCGAGAUCGUGGGCGUUAAGGAAAUUACCCGCCGGCGUCGGGAUGCAGGUGACGAGAAACCCGACGAAGCCAAAUGGGUUUGGACCCUGAGGCAAACGGACGCAGUUCCGGUCGUAGCCGAGGUCAUAUACUCCACUGACAUUUCAAUGCCAGCAUUGUCUGUUCAAGUCUAUGAUUCAGAUACCCCAGGAAAGCGACUCAGAUGGCGUGUUGGAUAUGUUGACACAAGGACACUGAAUGCUCGUUUCGACUCUGUGGAAAAUGGAAUUGAGACUUUGUAUAUUACAAGAACGAUCGCAUUGAAACCCAACAGCAUCCUGACGCACAAGUUGUCUUGGCGAGAAAAGAAUUUCCGGGGACUCUGGGAGUCGACUAAGCGAAGGAUUAAAAUGUCCGGGGAGAAUUUCGUCAACGGACUUCACGCUGUGCAAGAAGUGGUGACGGAUUGGAGGUCCACUUACGAGGCCGCCGGUCGCCUCGAGCCAGCUAUUGACCCAUUGCGAGAACGGGUCAACGAAGAAAUCGAGGAAUUCAUCGAAGAAGUGGAACUGGAUCCCACUGUGAUGCUCGUACAAAGCUUUGCCGGGGUCGAUGAUGUGAGGGCUUCGAUCGAGUCCGUGGUAGAAUUCUAUGGCGAGAGACGAAAGGAGCUGAAGGCGAAAUUGGGCGAAUUGCUGCUGGAGUUGGAGAAGAACUUGGGGCCGGAAGUGGGAAUCACGUCAGCAGACAUCAAUAACUGGGUCGACCGCACCGGAGAUGACCUCGAAAAGGUCGUCAAGGAGAUUCGAGACACUGUCAGUGACUUCAUCGACGAACUUGAGAAAGGAAAGGACAACCUGAGCAUCGACAGCAUCAUCAAUUUCUUGGACAAAUUGCUGGACAAUGUGAAAUCUCUGUUCGACUCGGUUUUCGAUUUCGUCACGGAAUUCAAGAAGGAAUACAAGGUCGAUGAGAUAAUUGAAGGACUCGAAGACCUCCAAGAUUCGAUUGAAAAGGUGCUGGAUUAUUUCUGGAAGUGCCGCUAUUUCAAGCCCUUGAAGGAUGCCUACGACGAGGCGAAGAAAUGGUUCCGCGAUGAGUUCAAGGUCAAUCGCGUCAAACUGAACGAAGUCUGGAGCGAUGUCUCAUCUUACACCAACACAGUGUUUGAAGAAAGUGGCAGCAAGUUCGUCGUGUGGAAGCCUCAAGAUGGCGAAAUUGAAAUCGAUAUCCCAGUCCCAGGAUCCGUGUCCACGCUGCAACUGCCUCUGUCUCCGUUGCAAAAGCUGUACGAGAGCCUGGAAGAAGGCGGACACCUGGACUUUGUCGACAGGAUUUGGGACUUGAUCAAGACCCGGUUGGAGAAAAUCGCUUUGCCCGACUUUUCCGACGCCCUGGACGCCACUUCCAACAUCGUGCAAGACGUCGCCGAGUUGCUGAGUCCGCAGAACAUCGCUCAACUUUUCGGCGACUCCGGGUUGUCCGGGCCGUUGGGAUUUUUCGGCCCGAGCAAACACUGGUUCGAUCAUUAUUCGUCCACGGAGCAUCCAGGGUCGGAAUCGUCCUUCAGACAGGCCAUUGAGGAUUUCUUCAAGUUUCUGAGUGACGUGGUCAAGUAUGUGGAUCGGGCGACGAGCACAGCCGGGUUCGCGACCGUUGCCCAGAGUUCUUGGGUCAACGAGGUUCUCGGAGGCAGUGGGUUGCUCAGUCCUCUCAAUGCUCUUCCACCCUACAAAACUUCGGCCUACGUUUUCGGACACGGACAAUUGGUCACCUUCGACCGGAAAGUGCACAAUUUCCUGGGCAAGUGCCGAUACCUUCUGGCCAGGGAACACGUGGACGGCAAAUACAGCCUGGAAGCGGAUUACCGCAAUUCUCACGACCCCGCGCACCCGAAACCCAGUCUCAUCUUCAACGCUCUCAAUCAAGAAGGCACUUACGAUUCCAUCACCAUCGAUCCCGAUUAUUCGGUGAAACUGAAUGGACAAUUGACAAACGUGCCUUUCCGUUCCGGAGAUGUCUGGGUGACGAAGGAGACCCCCGUGACCCUGCAGGUGAACUGGGAGAAGGAAGGAGUGACGCUUUUGUGUGACACGCGAUCAGAUUUCUGUCGAUUCCGUGUCACCGGCUGGCACCACGGCCGGGUUUCCGGGUUGCUGGGCUCCAACGACCGCGAACCUGUCACCGACAUGCUCUCGCCUUCCGGGGAGUUGAUUGAGUCAAUCAAUGAACUCGCUGGCAAAUGGAAAGUGAACGCUGAUUGUAAGGAUUCACCCCAACCCUUCUCCGGACCCGGUUUACCAGGAUGUGGAAAAGCCUUCAGGGACAACGCUUCACCUUUCGGUGAUUGCUUCAAGCGAGUGAACCCAGAACCCUUCAGAAAGGCCUGCAUGGAAUUGUCCGCCAGCAACGAGGAACAAUUCUGCGAUCUCGCGAACGCUUAUCGCAUGGCUUGUUUCGAGAAGGGCAAGGCAUUGCCAGUCUUGAAGGAUUGCAAAAAAUGUGAUUUCGAUGGAAGGAGAAUCAAAGAAGGUACGGAGACAGAAGUGAGAACUUCAGCGACAUCAGCAGACGUUGUUCUCGUGGUGAACCAGGCCGAAUGCUUCGAAAACGUUUUGAAUUUGGACACUUUCGUGAAGGAACUUCGAUCAAGUAGCAAAGAUCUUGGUGUCACGGACUUGAGGGUUGGAGUUGUGGGUUAUGGCCACAAGGAAAUCGACCAUGGGCACCCGACAGUGUUCACGUCUGCGGGGAAAGUGUGGUUCGAAGGGGACCCACCUGGCAUAGACCUGAAGGGUAACAGCAAUCGUGGUACCCUUACAGCAUUGCUGAUGGCCACUGCCUUCGAAUUCCGGCCUGUUGCCACCAAAUCCGUGGUGCUCUUCUCUUGCAAAUCUUGUCAACGCAAUUUGGAGGACGUGUUACUCGGUCGAUAUUAUCAAGUUGAGAAGGAACUUCUUCUGCGGGGAAUCACGUUGCACACCCUUUCCGCUCAAGAUAUCGAAGUGAAGAGCGGCCAGAAGAAACUCAAGAAACAAGUCAUCGGGGCUGAUUCGAAGGCAGUUUAUAAAACGAAUUCGCUGAAGGGAGGCGAAUUCCAACCGGACGUGGAACUGCGUGCAGGGAUUUCCAUUUCUCCGGAUUACUGCACUCAACUCGCACAAUCAAGCUAUGGUUCAGUAUUUUCUCUGCCGCGGUUGCUGGAGGCCGAAGACAAGACCAAGCAAUUCAGACAGGUCUUCGCUCGUCGUGUCGCGGAUUCCUUGGUUGGCCCAAAUAAUGCCAAUGUUUGUCAAAAAUGCUCUUGCGUUCCGGGUCCGUGGGACAAUCCGAUUGUCAAGUGUGAAUUGUGCGACCCGAGGGCUGGAGAUUUGGUGAGCUUCCAUGGCCAAUAUUAA